AAACUCAUCCAAUGUGAAUUUCUCAAUAGUUGUCAGCUGUUUGUUAAUGUAAUGUCAACUUUUGCGUUUUUUGUCAACUGACGUUUUUCUUUUUUAAAUUGCGACGAUUUGGAAAUUUUUACACAAACAGAACAUAACAAACAAACAACAAUUGCAAUGGAUUGCAAAGAAGAUAGCUGUACAGCGACAACUUCGACACCAUCCACCACCAUAAAUGACUUAAACGAUGACUGCUUGGAAUGCAUUUUCGAAUGGAUACAGGAUCUACCAAAUCAAAUACAAAUAGCCAAAUGCUGCAGACGUUUUCGUAAUGUUAUGCUAAAUUUGUGGCGAAGACAGCCACAGCAUCGAACAUUGGCCUACAACAUCCUACCAACCAUUGUACAAAACUAUGACCAUUUAGCGUAUUAUUUGCGUCUGAUGCAAGGAGAAUUCCAGAUAUUGCAAAUAAUCGAUGACUGCCUGAAUGUAUUUCUCAAAGAGAUGGAAGAGUGUGGCAUCGAUUGUCUGCCGCGUGUCGAAAGAUGUGAAUUCCAUGACGAUGUCACAGAAUGCUAUCCCAAUGAUGAGGAUAUCGAGUGUUUAAGCAGAUUAGUGCCUAAUUUAAAAUACCUCCAAAUUACUGUGCCCAUUACAGGAAGGAAUUUGAGUAAAUUCCAAUAUUUAGAAGAGCUACAUUUGUAUGAUGAUCAGACCAAGGCAAAAGAAAUUGAAGACGAUGCUCUCAGGGAUAUAUUGUUGAAUUUGAAACAAUUGCGUGUUUUGGAUAUAAGGAAUUUUGAAACCAGCCGCUUGAGACUGAUGCCUGAAAUCUUACAAUGCACCAGCUUGCAGGUUUUAAAGAUAAAUCUGAACACUUUGAAAGAUGCUUUGGAAUGUGUAUUGAAACUGCCUCAAUUGAAACAAUUAAAGGUACUGCUCGAUCAAGAUAUUGAUGUGUCGUUGAUUGGCAAUGUCGACACCUAUGACUAUAAGAUAUAUGAAACUCAGGAGUACUAUCAUAUACUAAAAGAGAAGGGUCCUAACAUUAAAGGUUUGGCCGUCGAUUUUCAUUUUCUGCCAGUAAGCUCUACAUGGAAUGUAGACUUUCUUUGCUUAAAUCCAGAAAAAUUGCGAAUUUUGGCCCUGUGCAACUAUAACUUUACUGCAUCAAAAUAUGAAAAUUGUUGCUUUGCCCAUUUGGAGAUAUUGUGUCUUAGACACUCGGAAAACUUGGAAGCAGUUGCGAUUUUAGAUAUGCUGCAGCUGUGUCCGGUAUUAAAACAUUUAGAUAUCAGUUACUGCCUCAAUUUGGAUAAGUCAUUGCUGAAUGCCCUGACAAGGUAUUUGGAAGGCGAAAAAAGAUCACAUACCUUGUAUGUGUACUAUAGAAUGUCCGGUUUGGAAGUUGAAAUUGAAAAGAAUCUCUCAUUUUGGUCUAGACAAAAGUACAUAAAACUACUCAAUGAUUUUCCUCCAGACUCAGAUUUGGGAUUGAGUUAUGUUCAAAGAGGUUAUGCCUUUUAUUUUUAACAUAAAGCUCGCCAAUUGCUGUCGCUGAUGGACAAAUUUACAUCUGUAACAUGUACGAUUUUCAUUAACAUUUAUUUGUUUUAAAAAUAAAUAAAAAUACUUUAAGGUUUAA